AAGGUUGAGAUUAGAAGGAACUGACUUUCACCGGCAGUAGUGCGGCGGUCAAGUCCCAGUUGGUUUUCUGGUGCGGUACCGCGUGUACGCACCUCAUAGCUCUCUCUCUACUGCUUGAAGCUCUUGUGUAUUUGUUUAUUUAUUGUACCAUAUUAAUUUAUUCAGCAUCGCUAUCAUGUCGCGAAGGUUCAUCCAGAUGGCUUUUGUCUUUUUGUCACAAUUUGUUUGGUUGAACGAGAGCCUAGUGCCAUCAGUGCACGCGAGGCGACUGAAGCCGACUCUGUCGCUGGUGACUGAGCCGGUGUUGCAUGGGGAGGGGCCACACUGGGACACCCACAAACAAGUGCUGCUCUUUGUCGACAUCUCCGGGCAGGCCGUGCAUCGCGUCAACCCAGCUACCAACAAGCACUCCUUUGUCGAUCUCAAUGACACAGUAUCAUUUGUGAUUCCAAUAAGAGGCAGAACCAAUCAGUUUGUGAUUGGACUGGGAUUGAGCAUCCAAAUCCUGACAUGGGACGGCGUGAGCAGUGACUACCAACUGCAAGCGAUUGAUGCGGUUGACCAUGACAAGGAGGGCAACCGACUCAACGAUGCCAAAGCAGAUCCAUCUGGAGUCUUGUGGGCUGGCACAAUGGGCGAAGAGAGCCCGGUGGGCAUAGUGAAGCCGAAACAGGGCUCCCUGCACAGCUGGUCCAACCAGGAGUGUUCGCUGAGCAGCAGAGUGCAGGAGGUGAGUGUGUCCAACGGCCUCGCCUGGUCCAGCGACCGCAAACACCUCUACUACACCGACACCGCCACCAGGAAGGUCGACGUCUUCGACUACAAUGGCUCCACCAUCAGUAAUAGAAGAGUUGUUUUCGAUUUCGAGAAGCAUAAUAUUCCUGGAUAUCCGGAUGGUAUGACAAUUGACAAACAGGAUAACUUGUGGAUCGCCUGCUGGGGAGGAUCUAGGGUGAUUCAGGUGGAUCCUCGCCAGAACAAGCUGAAGCGUACGAUAACACUCCCAGCCGAGCGAAUAACGUCAGUGACAUUUGGUGGAGCAGCCUUGGACACACUCUAUGUGACCAGCAUGCGGCAGGGUCUGAACGCCAGUCAGCUGCUCAAGCAACCUCUGGCUGGAGCCACUUUUGCCAUCCACAAUUUACCAGUCACGGGCACCAUCAACAAUCCUGUUGACUUGCAUUGUGUCAAAUAGGAUCAAUAGUGACUCUUGAAUGUAACUGUUCCCUUUUGAAGAGUAUACAAUAAUUUUAUUGUUAACCUUUGGGGAGACUGGUUUCAACAAACGCUUGCCUGUAGGAAUACAAAACUGUAUCAGCUAUCCUGUGAUGGAUAGAUGAUAACCAAAGAGGUUCAAUCUGUACGAGUAUCGUUUGGGGAAUAUCCAGCAGAAAUUAUUUGGAGAGGCACGACUAGAGGAAAUGGUUGUUGAAUAAAAAUACUUGAAAUUGUCACAACCUCUUAUUUAUUACUAUUAUUUUUUUUAAUUACGUGAAUCUAUCAUUGGCUGUUAUUUAUUUUGGUUGUUAGAGAUUAAUUAUGGUGUGAGCAUUAAAACUAGUCUCAUCUACCACAAAAAUGAUUGUGACAAGUCAAAUAAUUUUGUUCAAUAUAUGAAUUCCUUCCACAAUAUCACUCCACUCACUAAUACAAAAUGAAUGUUAGAGAAAAUAAUCACUUAAGUGUUCAGAAAACGUUUUAAUGGAAAAAAUACUGCUGUGAUAAGAAGCUCUGUAGAAUACAGCAUGAUCAAAAUCAACGACUGAAUGUAAGCAAUAUGCCUAUGAUCACAGUUUCAAAAAACAUUUAAUAUGCAGAAUAUAUAUUUUUAAAAUAUUAUUCCAUCAUGAUCUACUCGAGAAUGAAGAUAUAAAAUACACUAUACAGAAACUCAGUUAUUGUUUUUAUAGAUGAUCGUGUUCUGAGAAGAGAAAUGUAUUUAUUUUAGAGGAAGUCAUCUGAAAUAAUAGAAUUAUGUAAGAUGGCCAUCCAACAUAGAAAAUAAUAGAAUGUGAUAUUUACUUUUACUGAAAUUUGUCAACUAUGAUAGUUUGACUCAAAACAAAGAUGUGAGAUUUUCUGUGAUUAAAGUUUGAUAAUAAUUUAUGAA